UCGUUUUACUUAUUACAUCUUUCAAAGUAUUCAAAAUUGUACAUAAAUUUAUUUGCACUCCGUUUUUUUUUUUUUUACUCGAUCGAUUUUACGUAACAUCUCUGGUAUUUAUGGCCGAUAGAGACACUGACGAUUCGGAGAGAUGGUAUCAAUGGGUUGGUGGUUCACCCGAUCAGAGCGAUCGGGAGACGGAACGUACAUGCUGGAUAUGCUUUGCCACCGAGGCGGACAAUCCUUUGGCCAGAUGGGUGCAUCCUUGCCAAUGUCGUGGAACUAGCAAAUGGGUACAUCAGAGUUGUCUAUAUCGUUGGAUCGAUGAGAAGCAGAGGGUCAAUCCGCAGCGUUCGGUCGUUUGUCAGCAGUGCCAGACCAAGUACUUAAUCGUUUAUCCACAGAUGAAUCCACUGGCCGGUGGUCUGGACCAAUUUGAUUAUAUGGUUCGUCGUUGGAGUCGUUAUGUGGCAACGGGCGUAUUUGUUGGUUGCAUUUAUUGGUUAGCCAUUACGUAUGGCGCCAUUACGGUAAUUCAGGUCUUGGGCCAAGAAAGCGGCGUUGCGCUGAUGGAGAAAGGUGAUCCUUUAUUCAUACUGAUUGGUCUUCCAGUUAUACCAGUUGGCCUCAUUUUACUACGUCUUAUCCGUUGGGAGAAUGCAGUUUUGCGUUUCAUACAAGGUCCUCAUAAAAUAUUACGAAAACUUCCAUUUGUCAGUUGGUUUAGCCAUGAGGCUGCCACCGAGUUGAAUGGAGCUGGCGAUGGCGAUGGCAAUGAUUCCAGCGAAAUCGUUGUACUACCCCCACCGAGCCCUGCCAUCGUGGAGCCCUUCAAUGUGUCCCGUACCUUGUGUGGCGCCAUCGCCUUGCCCACUUUGGCCACAUAUGUGGGAAAGUUUGUUUACCAGAGUGUGGGCAAUCCAUUGCAUCGAGCUCUGCUCGGCGGAGUCACCUACCUUGGUGUCAAGGGCAUUCUGAAAAUUUACCUACACCAGAAGCAACAUCUACGCAAACGUCAUCGUCGCAUUCUCAACUACACGGAUGAAAAUAUUCGACUAUAUGGGCAUGAUGGUCAUAAUGAGGCGGCCAAUACCACCGAACGUCAGGAUGGUGGUCUCGAUGGCCAUAAUUCCGAUUCUGAUGUCAUCAACGAAGACGCCAACAGCAGCAGCAACAACAACAACAACAACAACAACAACAAUGUUGAUAGCAAAGAUGAUAACGAAGAGACCGAAGAUCCCAAUGGGAAUAGCCAUUAUUCUCCAUCCAAUUCUAAUAAAUAAGUAAAUCAUUUCGUAAGGUUCAAAUGCAGAAAUUGUUAAUACUUAACCAAUGCAAAUAUAUAUUUAUAUAAUAUAAAAUAAACAUGUCUCUUUGAAAGAAUAAAA